AUGUCUCUCAUUGAAAACUGUUCAAUAAAUUAUCGGACCAUAUGAAAAUUGAUAUUCUUUAUUUGUUUGCUGGAUCGUUGCAAAUGCUUAAUCCCCAAAUUGGAAAAAUCCCUAAAAGCCUGACCACUGUGAGCGGACAAAAUUUUUUUAUGAAAAAUGUUUUUUUAUAUAUAAGUGAAAUUAUUAUAAUGAAAUCUCUAGCGAAUUCUGUUUAGUUUUUAAACAGCUUGCAUUUUAAACAUAAAAAUUUACAAAUUAAAUAAAUACUUGCUUCCAAUUUUUGCGAACUGAGAUUAUUUUAAAUUUCGAAAAAAAAUUUAUUAUAUAUAUUUUUUUUAUAAAAAGAAUAAAAUUUUUUUGUUCUCACGGAGGGAGUUAGAAAUUAUUGUGAUUUAUGAAAAAAGUAAUAUUGAUUGAAAUUCACAACUGCUUAUGAGUUCUCUGCCAGAGCCAAAUUCUGUUGUUGAAUUGCACAAUUGUGAAUUUUCAAAUAUUUCAGCUUGCUUUAAUUAUUAUGAAAACUCUAUUUUAGCGGUAGAUUUAACAGAAAGCAGUAAAAGCCAAUUUAUUAUUUCUCAAAUAUGCACAGUAAGGGAAAUUCCUCACUUGGUGUUUGAGAACAAACUCAGUUAUUUUGAUGAAUGAACUUUCUCAGCUAAGCCUUCUUCACUAAGCCAGAUUAAUGCAUUUAUAGAUGUUCUUAUAUAUUUUGGAUGGACUCAAGGCCUCGUGAUUUAUGAUGGAUUUAAAAAUACUCUACUCCCCCCUCCGUAAACAACAAAACUAAUGGAAAAAUCCCUAUUUUUUCCCAAAAACCCACCCUCCGUAAGAGAACAAAAAUUUUUUUAAAAAAAACAAUUGAUAUAUAAGUGAUAAUUAUUAUAACGAAAUCUCGAGCUAAUUCUGUUUAUUUUAAACAGCUUAUUUUAAAACAUAUAUAGAAAUUGAAUUAAUAUUGGCUUUCCAAUUUUUUCGAAUUGGAAUUUUUUUGAAUUCGAAAAAUAAAAAAUUUUCUAGAAAUAAAGUAAGAGAAAACCUCGAAAAAUAUUCAGUAAAUUUGAACUACUUGAAUAUUGAGCCUAAGGCAAACAUUGAAGAAAUAGUUAAUAGAAUUAUAACCCCUCUUGGUGAGACUCUCUAUUAUAUUUUUAUGAAUCCAACUGAGUCCUUAAAAUUGCAAAAUCUUUUGAUGUCCACAAAACUUUUAACUUCUGGAAAUGGAAUUCUUUUGGACCAGAAAAGCGGAUACCAGUGUAUAGUUGAGGGUGCCUUAAUUAUUACUGAAAAACCUCAAGAACUCAUCUCUUCAGAAGAAAAUUAUAGAAUAUCAGCAAUCGGAAGUGUAAUCUCUUCCUUGCUAAAGUCCAUUAAAUCAGAAAAUGCUUACGAAAUGCUAUACCAUCUAAACUUGCUGUCAAAAAACCAUUAUAUUUUCAGAAAUUUUUCCUUAAUUAACAUACAAAAUGGUGAAAGAGUAAUUGUUGGAGAAAUCAUUGAUGGAAAUUUAUCCUUAUUUAGCGAUAUAAAUUUCUCAGGUAACUCUACAGAUAUCCCAAACUCAGCCCAAAAAAUUUUGCAUCUUAGCAUUGAAGCUGGCUCUACAAAUCCUACAGGCCCACCAAUUACUGUUGGAUUAGUUGGAGGAUAUGGCUCAUAUGCUGCAAUAGACGUCAUAAAUGAAGGCAAUAUAGAUCUCCUCAAUAAUUUUCAAGUCGAGAUGUUUAAUUUUGACUGUGGAACCUCAAUUUAUAACUCCGCAUUUGCUAAUUCCUGCUAUUUAAAAGAUAAAGAUAAAUUUGGCCUGGGACAUGUAUCAGCGUGGUCUUCAGUUAUGGCAAUUGGGUCAAUGAAAUCUUUUAAAGAGCUUAAUUUAACAUUUCCUAUUGUAAGUGCUACAAAUGGAGACAUUACCUUAAAUUCAACAGCAGAUUAUCCAAUGUAUAUGAGAGUUCAGCCUUCUUUUUCUUUUGAAUACUCUUUAAUUUCAAUUUUUAUCCGCGCUUUAGGGUGAAAACAAAUUGCAGUUCUUUAUCAAAAUGAUUCUUGAGGACUAUCAGGGUAUCUUUAUUUUUUAAUCCCCAUUUAAUCAUGAGGUUUUUUUAUUAUUAAUUAUUUUAUUUUUAUAAAAAAUUUUCAAAAAAAAAUAUAUUAAAAUAUGAAUUUUUUAUUUUAAAGUUCUAUAAAAUAAAUAAAAUCCAUAAUCUGGUUCAUUAUUAAAGGGGAAUUAGAAGGAAUUAAAAAUCAUGAUAUCUCUAUAAUAAACCCAGAAAAUAAAAGAGUUAUUGCACCAGAUCUUGACCGUGAUGAAGUAAAGGAGUAUUCAGGAGUUCUCCAACAACUGAUAGAUUGCCAGGCGCGAUUUUUGGUUUCUAUUUUACAUUUUCCUACCGCUUACUAUAUAUUUGAAGAACUCUACGAUUUAGGACUGAGAAAAGGUGACCUCGUCAUUUUCACGACUGUAACUGAUUUGGCUACUUUUGAAGCAUAUGAUGAUAAAUAUUUAUACAAAUUAAAUGAAAUUGCUGUACCUAUGAUUUCUAUAUAUGGGCAAAGCUGAGUCGGAUCAUUAGGGAAAAAAGCCUUAGAUAGAAUUUCUGAAGCUUAUGGAGGAUCAAUAAACUCGUAUAGCUGCUUUUAUUUUGAUUCAGUAUUUUUAAUUGCUUAUGCGCUGGAUUUUAUGAUUAAUAGAGGAUUAGACUAUACUGAUCCUAAUAAGCUACAAAAAAUUAUGAGAAAUAUCCAAUUUUAUGGGUGUACUGGAAAAGUUAAUAUAGAAAAAGGGUCAAAUGAUAGGAUUUUGCAGAUAUUUGAGAUUAUAGUAAAUAAGCUUGAUGCAAGUGAUAAUAUUACAACGUAUAUUAUGGGCCAGUUUAAGCCUCAAAGUACACAAUUGAUAAAUAUCCAAGAACCAUUAUAUGGCAAGCACAGUAAUGAAUUGCUUGGGUUUGUCCAGAUAAAAAGCUGGUUUGUCAAUUUGAGUGAAAUUGUAGCUAUUCAGUCGAUAAAUAGCAAUAACCAAAAAAAUUAAUUGUUUGACAAUUGGAAUUAGCAGAGUCAACGCCCCAGUUGAUAGAGAAUUUUUAAACAUUAGCCCAAUAUUAUAAUUCUUAGGGUAUAGAAUAUUCUAAUGGUUCAACUACAAAGCCAUCAGAUUUAAGGACUAGUAGUAGCCAAUGCCCUUUUCCUGAUAAGCUUAUAAAAACAUUUGCUAAAGGUAGAAUCCUAGUGUUUGGGAUCUGCUUUGCCGUUGCCUUGAUAUCCUUUGCUAUUACAUUUUAUAUAUGGAAAAAAUGAUGGAAAUUUUCAAUUGAGCCAUUAACAGUAAGAGAAGAAAUCUGCUUGCAAGACAUUAUUGUAGCUGUGACCAUUAUUAUUGAAUUUUUUCAACUUUCUUCAAUGGGCCACAAAAAUAAUAUGGCGUGCUCUCUAGCCCGUCCUCUCCCAUACCCUCAGCUAUGCUGGUUUAAGAUAUCCGAAGUUUUAAGAAUUUGUGUCUGGGUUAGGUUUUUUCCCCUGGCCAGGACUCCAUGGUAGGGCUUUUACCUCUACAUAUGGCAAGUAGGCCAGAGUCGCAAAGAUAUCCCUACACUCCUGACAGCGAAGGUAUUAAUGGAGGUAGGAGGAGACUUCAGAACACCUGCAAUCUAUCACCUCUGGACGGAUGAGCUAACCGAUAGGGCUUGUCCAAGGAAAUACCUGGUGCGUCGCCUGGAGAACAGUGAUGUUGACAAAAAUAGCGUAAGUGCUACCCAUGCUUAGAGUGCGAGCCUGAAGUGGGAAAAGGCAGGUAGUGGGCUGAAAUAAUCCUGCGGUGACCUUUAUAAUCUAAUCAAUGGGACCAGAUUUUUCACCUAUUAACUCUACACUGGCUGGAAUUAGUAAUUUUUUUUCGCUGAGCUUAGACAAUAUAUUGAAAUUAAGAAAUGGAGUAUUUUGAAUUAUUGUCAAUGCUGUUUUCGGAUCAAUUGGGUUAUGGGUAUUUCUGUGCUCAGUUGUGCUUCUUAGACUUGAUGAAAAAUUUCCUAUGAGCUUUAUUUUCAGAAAUUUAGGUACUUUAGCAGAGUAUUUGAUGCCUGUUUUAGGCGAUCUUUGUUUUAUUCCCUUUAUUUCAAUUUGCCUUGAUAUUUUUUUAUGUGAUCAGUCGAUUGGAGAUAAUUUUACUGACAGUUUUUUAGCAGCAGACUGCUAUUAUUUUUGUUGGAAAGAUGAACAUUUAUUUUAUGCAAUUUUUUCUGUUAUUGCUUUAAUAGCUUAUGAGCCCCUUGCAGUUUUUGGUAGGCCUCUUUGGCAAGAGCUGCAGCCCAUUUUGCAUGUAAAAGCAGUUCCACUAUUUUUGAUGGUAAAAACAAUGAUCCAAAUUAUAUUAAUUGUGAUGAACAAGACAGUAAAAAGGGCCCAAAACCUCCUUCACGGAGCUCUUUUUAUAUUUGUGAUGAUCAUAUAUAUAGCUUUUCUUUAUAAGUUCAAGCCUUUUAAUUAUCAAAGAUACAGUUGAUGGCAAACUUUAGUCUCAGUUGGAGUUGUGUGGCUUGCUUUGAUUUCAGUAAUUGAGCAAAGUUCUGGAGUUAAUCCUAUAUUUUUACUAUCAGUUUUAUGCUUUGGAUUCUUAAUCAUUGGACUGCUAGGAGUAUAUGUUCAAAGAAAAAAAUACCCUAGCCUUCUUUUUAGGAAAAAGGGUCAAGAUACAUCUAAUUUAUUUAAAUUUGCCUUUACUUUUGGUAGGCAUUCAAAAGCAGCUUUAUCAAAAAUUGUACCGAGUAGUUUACCAACGUCAGCAAGAAAAUCACUUUCAGCGAGAAAAAUUGAAAAUCCUAGCCCUUAA